AUGUUGGGGUCAAAGGGGUUCUCUUCACUGGCUCGCGUUGUAGAGAAGUCCGUGUUUAAGGAGAGCGACGGACGCGAUUUCCGAGCUUAUGGCUCUCCUCACCAUCACAGAGUACCUAUGCGCGACUGUCCGAGAGUGGAUAUCAAUCGUAUUUUGGGGGGGAUACCGGGCAACUAUAAACAACAACAGUACUCCCACCGAAUGAGCACAGCUGCUGAGCGAAAUCAAAUCGUGCGCGAUGUGAACUCAUUCACACCUCCUAGCUCCAUGUGGGGCGAAAUCAGGCCUCCUGGACUGUGA